AUGCUUUGUCUUGAUUACGAAGCAUUCUUUUUCGAUCGUAUUUCUUUCUUUUUGAAACGAUUAAAUAUCAAAUAUGUUGUCGAGUUAUUGUCCCUUCCCGAGGAGACGACACACAAUGUCGAAAUUGUCAUUCAUUUUUCAAACCAAAAUGGCUUCUUCUUUCUGUCGCUGCCUGUAACACCCAUCUGCCUAUCUGUCUCAAUUUGUUCAUAUCAAUCUAUUUAUCUCUGUUUAUUUAUAUCUAUCUAUCUAUCUAUCUAUCUAUCUAUCUAUCUAUCUAUCUAUCUCAGUCUGUUCAUAUCUAUCUCAGCCUGUACAUAUCUAUCUAUCUAUCUAUAUAUCUAUCUCCCGUCUUCUCAUCUAUCUAUCUAUCUAUCUAUCUAUCUAUCUAUCUAUCUAUCUAUAGUCUGUUCAUAUCUAUGUAUCUAUCUAUCUCAGCCUCUAUCUAUCUAUCUAUCUAUCUAUGUUCAGUCUUUUCAUCUAUCUAUCUAUCUAUCUAUCUAUCUAUCUAUCUCAGUUUUCUUUAUCUAG